CCGGCGCCGGGGGGUGCUAGGUGCAGCUGCUGGCCUGUCUCUGCAGCCGGAAGGAAAUAGCAGCAGGAGGAGGCGCCUCAGAACUUGCAGCCGGGCCAGGCGCCCUCUCUUCGCUCCUCUCCUCCCCUGCUCCGGUGCGAGCCGCCACCGCCGGAGACCAUGAGCCUGAACGAGCACUCGAUGCAGGCGCUGUCCUGGCGGAAGCUCUACCUGAGCCGGGCCAAGCUGAAAGCCUCCAGCCGCACCUCCGCGUUACUCUCAGGGUUCGCGAUGGUGGCUAUGGUGGAGGUUCAGCUAGAGCCAACACAUGUCUACCCUCCAGGUCUCUUGAUAGCUUUCAGUGCCUGUACUACUGUGCUUGUUGCUGUUCACCUCUUUGCUCUCAUGAUAAGUACCUGCAUUCUUCCAAAUAUAGAGGCUGUUAGUAAUGUGCACAAUCUCAACUCUGUAAAGGAGUCUCCGCAUGAGCGUAUGCACCGGCACAUUGAGCUCGCCUGGGCAUUUUCCACUGUCAUUGGGACUUUGCUCUUCCUUGCAGAGGUGGUGCUGCUGUGUUGGGUGAAAUUUCUUCCACUGAAGAGGCAUCCUCUUGUUUCAGCCAAUGACAACAAUUCUACUAUCACACCAGGAGAGGCAGCAGCCAUUGCCUCAACAUCUAUUAUGGUUCCUUUUGGAUUGAUUUUCAUUGUGUUUGCAGUCCACUUCUAUAGGUCACUGGUGAGCCACAAAACAGACAGGCAAUUUCAAGAAUUGAAUGAACUUGCUGAGUUUGCACGACUCCAGGAUCAGCUGGACCACAGAGGCGACACCUUGCCACCUCCUGGCAGCCAUUUUGCAUAAAACUAUAUUUUGUAUAAAAAUCCCAUUUUUUUUUCUGCCUUGCUAUGUUGACUGCUCCCUGCAUGAACUAGCUGGACUGUUGAUUUAUUUUAAAGAGAGAUUUAUAAGUACUGUGCUAAUUUCUUACAAAAAAAUACCAUGACAUCUUAGACAACUGACAUCUGAAGAGACUGAUGUUGGGGUAUGACUGCACUGAGCAUGCAUCUCUCAUCCCUCCUCUUAUCAUCUGGAUUGUUUUUUUUUAAUGUUGAAUGGUGAAUAUAUCAAUGAAUAAGAGGAAUUAAAUUUUAGGCCUCAGUAUAUGUUAGGGGUGGGAGGGAAGCCUUAUUUCUCUCUAUUUGAUGUUGGUCUUUGCUACAAAGUAUUGUUUGUCCGAUACAUGUUGCAUGGCACAAUACAAAUUACUUGGGACAUGAAGUAAUUAGCAUUUGGUUUCAGUGCUAGUGCUGUGAUCUCUAAAAGAUGAAAGGUAAAAUUGAGAGCUUUUCCACCUUCCCUUUUUCCACUAGCUCCCCCAGUUAUGUUUUUCUGCCAAGUAAUUAUUACUUUACUAAUUUCUAUAGGGCCUUUUGCCAUGGCAGCUAUAAAUUCUUACUCUCCAGAUACCCAUGACCAGUCCUAUUGCGAUGUGGUAUGAUCUGCAUCUGUAGGACUGAGGCCCUAACUUUACUCUUCUUUUGGGAAGAAAAUAUAGAAAAAAGCAAUACCUGCUUUAAUGUUCAUGGGAGCAGAUAUGUUAUCAGAAGUGAUAAAAUUGCCUGUUUUCAUUGAGGAAACAUUUUAAAAAGAAAAAAUAGAUGGAGAAACUACCACUAGAUUUUUUUUUUCUUCCUUGAAAACUUGCUAUUAAUGGCUUUUCUCUAGCAAUAACAUACACUGGUAGAGACUUAACCACAGUAGAACUACUGCUAUGGUUCCAAACCAAUGUAGCAAAUAUUUUAUACUUUUUAUAUAUUAAAUAUAUUUUUGAAUAAAUUCUCAGAUACAAAUGAUAAAAGGCGCUUUGUCUGUGUGGGAAUUCCAAGUAAUUAGCUGUACUUUGAUCUUGUUUGGUAGAAAAAUCUUCUGAUUGCUCAAUUAUUGUAUUUAA